GAAUUCUCGAAAAAGCACAAAGGUAGACAACUGAUCCAAGCAUUCCCAAGGUCACGACGCCGGCUUUCCCGCCUGAAUCCAGAUUCUUUCUCUCUCAUACCCAAAAACAACCACAAAAAUGUCUUCCCUCGGAAAGAUCUACUCUUACCCCAACAACUGGCGUGUCGCCCGUGCCCGUGCCGCCGCCGUCCUCGGAGGUAGCGACAUCGAGCUCAUCAUGAUCGACAUGCAGACCACCAAGAGGGACGACUACCUCGCCAAGUUCCCCGCCGGUUGUGUUCCCGCUUUUGAGGCUACCGACGGGACCAUCAUCCAGCAGUCGGGUGCUAUCGCUACCUACGCUGCCAUGGCCGCCCCCUCUGGCAAGCUCCUCUCUGACGACAAGGCCACCGCCGCCAAGAUUGCCGAGUGGUGCGCUUUCGCCGACACCGAGAUCGCUCAGUACCACGGUGUCUGCCAGGGUUUGGUCGCUGGAUGGUUGGCUUACGCCAAGCCCACCUACACCUCGAUCUUUACCAAGCUCGAGCAGCGAUUGGCUACCCUCAACAAGGUCCUCGAGGACAAGACCUUCCUCGUCGGUGACAGGAUGACCCUCGCCGACAUCUUCGUCGCCUCGGCCGUCUUCUCCGCCUUUACCGGCCGUGGACACGUCGACAAGGCCACCCGAGCCAAGUACGGCAACGUCGCCCGACACAUGGAGACCAUCGUCAAGAACCCCAAGCUCGUCGAGGUCUACGGCGAGUUCGAGUACGUCGAGUCGGCCCCCCAGUACGUCGCCCCCAAGAAGGACGCCAAGCCCAAGGCCGAGAAGAAGGCCGAGGACAAGCCCAAGGCUGAAAAGGCCCCCAAGGCGCCCAAGGAGAAGAAGCCCGUCGAGAAGGACGACGACGACGAGGAGCCCUUGGUUCCCGAGGAGCCCAAGGCCAAGAACCCGUUGGACGAUCUGCCGAAGUCGGAGUUCAACUUGGAGAACUGGAAACGGGUAUACUCGAACUCAGAUGGUGAUGUAGCGAUGAAGUUCUUCAAGGAGAACUUCGACACCAACGGUUUCUCCAUCUGGCGUGUGGACUACAAGUACAACUCUGAGUUGACUCAAGUUUUCAUGAGUAGCAACCUCAUAGGCGGCUACUUCACCCGGAUGGAAGCAGCACGAAAAUACCUGUUCGGAUCCAUGGGCGUAUGCGGUACCUCCAACAACAGCGUUAUCUCCGGGGUGCUGGUCUGCCGAGGCGAUGACAUCUUGCCCGUCGUUCAGACAGGACCCGACUGGGAGAGUUUCACCUACCAGAAACUUAGCUUGGACAACGAGGAGGACGUCAAGUUCAUCGAGAAGUCGUUUGACUGGACCCUCGAAGUCGACGGCAAGACCUGGGCCGACGGCAAGAACUACAAGUAGAGCAGUCAAUCGUGCGGUCCAUUCUAUUCGAGCUGUCACUCUACCCUUUGUAUGCGAGAUCGGCGCGUCAAGGCCGCUUCAUGUCAUUUAACGAAAUAUAUAUAUUCACGACACCGCUUGUCCUCGAUUCUGCAACGUCGAUACUCUGCUCGAUCCUCAUAAUUCAGCGUUCGACACUGUA